GCCGGCGAGCCUAUGGCCGGGCCGCUGCUCCGGAGCGGGGUGCGCCGGUUCCCCUGGCUCUGCAACGUGCUGCUCUACGGCAGCCUCUUCUCGGCCGGGGACGCGGCUCAGCAGCUGCUGCGGCGGCGCCCGGGGCAGGAGCCCGACUGGGCGCAGACCCGGCACGUGGCGCUGGUGGCCCUCAGCUUCCAUGGCAACUUCAACUACGUGUGGCUGCGGCGGCUGGAGCGAGCGCUGCCCGGCCGCGCGCCCGGCGCGGUGCUGGCCAAGGUGCUGUGCGACCAGCUGGUGGGGGCGCCUGUCGCCAUCCUGGCCUUCUACACGGCAGGCAUGAGUAUACUUCAGGGGAAAGAGAACAUUUUUUCUGACUGUAAAAAGAAAUUCUGGAAUACAUAUAAGACUGGGCUGAUGUACUGGCCUUUUGUGCAGCUUUCAAACUUUGUUCUGGUCCCUGUUUACCUGAGAACAGCUUACACUGGGCUCUGUGGCUUUCUCUGGGCUAUCUUCAUUUGCUUUUCACAACAGAGCGGUGAUGGGACAGCAAAGUCGGCUUUUCUGUGGUUCCAAAGAGAAAAGGUCAAUGCAGAUGGAGAACCAUCAGAGAAAUGAGGAAGUUGUUUAAUGGAGUAUUUAUUUUAAAUGGUUAAAAUGUGCUUAUAAAGGGCAAUGAAUUGCACUGCCAGCUGAUUGCUGUGUUUUAAAAUGAAUCUUCAUCCGAGGGCUCAGUGGUCAUUAUAUACAGUGCAAUAGUUUGGUUUUGCACCUGUUUAUUUUCACAGAAAAGAGGCCCAUUGUAUAUUGCUGUUUAAUUAUUUUCAUGCUGGCAGCUCGUCUCCUCUGGGGACUCUAGCCACUUGCUUGUCACAGUGCAGCAAGAGCAUUUGCAUAACAUGGUAGCCAGCCUCAUUGGGGAGAAAUAUUAGCUGUAAUUUAAUUUUCAAGCAACUUCUAAUUGCUAGAAAAGGGGAGAUAGACCAUUAAAUCAUCAGCAUUUAUACCUGCCAGUUAUUAUGGGAGCAAGAUUCCUUUUGCAUUCACUGGAGUUUUCUCUGAAUUGCAACCUUUGGUACUGAAUCUAUAUUUAUUCUGAGAAAAAAUUGUACUUUUUUUUUAUAGGAACCGAUUAGAACAUUUUAAAAACUCUUGCCUUAGCCUGCAGUGGGAAUCUGUACAAAAACAAUAACUUAGCCUUGCAAAAUUUACCAGCCUAAGCACAAAAUGUAUUUGCUCACCCUCUACAAUGAUCAAUGACAAGGAAAAAUUAACAAUAUUUUAUGUACUUGUCUAUUUAGCAUAGUUUCCCAACUGGAGUGAGUGAAUGGAAUUUUGCAAGACUGAUGUAGCUGUUGAAUUGUUAUUGCUGUGAGUGUAUUUAAUAUCCUGAAGAUAAUGAGGCAAUUAAAAGAUGGCUUUAUUUAUUCUGGUUAGUACUUUUAAAAUCAACAUUAUAUUUGGAUAUUUGUACUCCUUUUCAGUAAGAUUCAUAGUGUAUGGAGUAUGGAUGAAUGUGUAUGAUAGAGACAAUACAUAACACUCAAAAGCAAAUUAGAAAUAAUGUGCUCUAAUGAAUGCUUUUUGUGAUAAUUCUAUUACAGGUAGUGCUUUUAUUUUUAUUUCUGCAUGUACCUUAAAUGUAUAGUGAUGAACUGCAUUCAUUUAGAAGAAAGGAGCUUGGGAGGAGUGCCACUGCAGGGAAAGUAAGGGAAAUUGACAAGGAUUUCAAGAAAGAGUAUACACAAUCCCUAUGUGAUCUGCAAUAAGAUGUGGAAAGCAUUCCAUUGGUGAUCGUUUUUGAACUUUUACCAAUAAACGUGACAGCUAUCAGGAUUGCAAAUAAUAAGAAAUAAGGUUCAGUUUGAUAUCAGAUUACUAAUCCCUCCUACAGAGUUGAAAGACAACACCAUCAGUUAUUUUCUGUUCCCUGUUUCUUUACCUUGUCAGCAUGCACAAAAUGAAAAGAAUAUAGUUCUUGGAGAAAAAAUGAUGACUGAGAUUUAGUGUUGCUUUGCUGUGUGCUGUAACAAUAUGCCUUGAAGUAGAUGCAGUUCAUUAGUGGAUGAAAUGAUUCAUAUAUAGUUAUAAUUGUUAGUAAAAUUGGUAAUGAGUGGAACACCCCUCUUAUUUUUAAAGCUUUGGAUGUUUAUACAAGCUGUGCAUUAGUGCUGUAUACUUUUCUGAUGCUAGUUAUUCAGGAACGUGGCUUAAAUAGGAUUUUUGUCUGCGUAAGGACUUCAGGAUUUAUCUCCAUGUUUCUUCUGUUUGCAGUAUAUAGAAAGGUAGUUCUUUGUUCCUUUGCUCUUUUGUGUAAUCACACUGGAGCAUGUAGUUCUCAUGUUUCAGUAAACUUAAGAAUCUAAGUAAUCCUUUUACUCCCUCCAUUUCUCUUGAAAAGUUGCUAAGGGCUACAUAAGUAAACUAAUCUCUCUUCCUGUUCUAAAACCUCUUUGUAAUCACAAGCUUUGGCAGUUAGUAGGAAUGUUUCAGGGGUGGGAGAUGCAAAAAUGUGGCUAUCUUGGGCCAGAUCCUCAGGUGGUGUAAAUUGGCAUAGCUCCUCUGAAGUUUUUGGAACUCUGUCAGUAUACACCAUCUGAAGAUCUGGCUCCUUACUUUUUGGAAAUACUAUAAUUUCUUACCACUUUAUAGAUUAGGAGACUCUAAUAUGACUUUUCCUACAUAUGCAGGGCUAAUGAGUUGGUGAUACAGUACUUACCAGCAAGGACAUCCAAAGUAGCAAACCGUGGACAAGCAGCUGGGCAGGUUUGCCCUCAUGCCUGUUUGGAUGCGUGUUUCAUAGGUGGUCCCAGAGAGUCCACCUAAAGGAGCUGUAAUAGACUUAAUGCCAAGUGAACACUGCACAAAAUUCACCAAAAAGUAUGGCUAGAUAUAAGAAGUCAAGGUGGAACUCAGCAAACAGAGGGAACUCUCUGCCAUCAGCUAUCAGGCAUGUAUUCACAUGACACCUGCAUUUCAUGGGGUUGUUUCUAAGAUCAAAUGAGUAGAGAAGGCAAAUUCUGACCAAGUGUGACAGCAACUUGGUUUUAUUCAAUGUAGCUGUGUAGCUUAUACAGGGUCUGAAUUUGGCCAAGUGAGAAUUUGAAAGUCUGUUCCAAUUACACUAAUUUAAAAAAAAUGUACUGCCCUAGAUCAUUUUGAUAUCUGAGUCACAUUCUGCUAGGAGUUCAGGUUGGUAUCUAGAAAAAGCCCAGAAGAAGGUCUGAGUUUUUCCUGCCCUGGAAAGCAGCAGCCACUGACAUUGCCCAGAAUCUUAGGUUUCACAAUAUGGUACAUGAGAAGCUGCUUGGCUCACAUAUGUACCAUGCUAAUGAGCACCAUCUAAGUAUGUAUAACAUAUUAAUAAUAAUAUUGAUGCCACAUUUGCGACCUAGAAAGCGUCUGCCAUCCCAUUUUCUCCUGGUAUAGCCAAUGCUCGCUUUAUGGCAAUGGGAAAAGGGGAACAAGGAAUAUACAUAUAUUAGGGUGGGAAACAUCCAUUUUAAUUUUAUUUGGAAAAUGGUUGUAUUUUUGCAGAGAAUCAGUAAACAGUAAAAGUCAUUAUUUGGACGUGACUAUCUUUAAUGGUGUGUGUAUAAACCCAUGUUUUUGUGAAAAGUUCCAUGGGAUCAUCGUGGACCAUAAGCAGUGAAGACCUUAGUUUUAUGUCACACCCAGAAGAUGGCACCUCCUACUGCAAGGUCCUUAUCACAAGGAGCAGGUUAUGGAAUUACUAGGAUCAGGAUUAUUAACCCCAUUUUACAGGUGAGGAAAUUGAGUCUCAGAGAAGAUUAAUGACAUACUGAUGGUCAUUCAGCAGUUAAGGGGCAGAGCCAAGAACAGAAUCUAGAACUUCUGCCUUCAGAGCGUUAUGCUAUAGCCACUGGACUCCACUCCCUCUCAGAUUAGAGGAAAAUAAAAAUCUGGGAUUAUUAUUAUUUUAUUAGAUAAUAAGUAAUUAAUAUAUUUCCAGAAGCAAGCAUGGACAUCCAGGAGGAAAGAAAGGCAUAAAAUCAGCGGCUCCAGGCACCAGCGCUCCAAGCACAUGCCUGGAGCAGCAAGCCACGGGAGGUGCCCUGCUGGUCCCUGCAAGGGCAGCAGUCAGGCAGCCAUCAGUGGCUUGCC